CUUACUGAGAUGACCAAGGUCAUAGUUGGAGAACGAUCCGUGACGUGGCUCAUCCACGAGCGCCCGUUGAUGGAGAUCUCUGGCUUUGCCAGAAUAUUCCUGUCGUGGCCAUCUCACGGCAUGAGCCCGUUCGAGUCAAUAAUCAAGUUGCCCUUCGAAGAUCCUGAAACUUUCGAACACUUCGUCAGAUAUGUCUACUCUCGAGAGGUUGCCGAAAUGACUGUUCUAGCUGUGCUCAAAUUGUACACUCUCGCAUUCCGACUUCAAGCCCCUAGCCUGUGCGAAUUCAUUCUUCGUGUUCUCAAGCAGAGCGUAUCUUCGAUCGAACAGUCAGACGUACAAUAUAUCAUGAACAAUAUAACUCUUUCCAAUCCAUUACGACUUCGUUGCUUAAUAGUGAUCACCAACUCGAUUUUCAGGCAUGAGAUCGACCCGGACAGCUUGAUCGCAGCAGAUAUCUACAACAAACACGCCAUAGAACUACUUUCU